AUGGCAUUUUGGUCCAGCACUUCGGUUUUCACCUCUAAAGUGCCCCGGAAAAUCUUAUUCAUGUUCACCCUCUCCCUCUCUGUCACCUACUUGUUCUACAGCUUGAUGAGCUGCUACAACUCGCUGCAGUUCCCCCUGCAAGAGAACUACGCGUACCAGGGCAGGCUGGUGACGGAGGAGACAACUUUUGUGACAUUGAGGGAGAAACUUUACUCCGCUUCCCAGGGCCUGGCCGAGUUCACGGAGGCCGAGGGGACCACCGCGGUCUCCGCCGUGAGGGAUCAUGCCGAGGCCGAACAGAGGACCGUGGAGUGGAUUAGGACGCAGGCGGCUCCGACUAAAUCCGCGGCGGCUGCUGCUGCUGCUGCGUAUCACACCACCGCGCUGGAGAGGGAGCACCAGGAAUUCAGCACCACGGACAGCGAACUCAGGGUGAACUGCACCUCGGAUUACGGGGAGAAGAAACUUCCCCAAGCCAUCAUCAUCGGGGUGAAGAAGGGGGGGACCCGAGCCCUGCUGGAGGCGCUGCGGGUGCACCCGGACGUCAGAGCCGUGGGGAACGAGCCGCACUUCUUUGACAGGAACUACGAGAAGGGGCUGGACUGGUACAAAGACCUGAUGCCUUCGACGCUGGAGGGGCAGAUCACCAUGGAGAAGACACCCAGCUACUUUGUGACUAACCAUGCCCCGAAGCGCAUCCAUACUAUGGCCAGGGACAUCAAGCUUAUUAUAGUGGUGCGUAAUCCGGUCACCAGAGCCAUUUCAGACUACACGCAGACGUUGUCCAAGAAACCGGAGAUUCCCACCUUCGAGGUUCUGGCUUUUAAGAACCGGACGCUGGGUCUCAUCGACGCCUCGUGGAGUGCGUUGCGUAUAGGAAUAUAUGCGCUCCACCUGGAGAGCUGGAUGCAGUACUUCCCUCUCUCCCAGAUGCACUUUGUCAGCGGGGAGCGGCUGAUCGUGGAUCCCGCGGGUGAGAUGGCCAAAGUCCAAGACUUCUUGGGACUGAAGCGGAUUGUCACGGACAAACACUUUUACUUCAAUAAAACUAAAGGAUUUCCCUGUCUGAAGAAGCCCGAGGACAGCAGCACUCCCAGAUGCCUUGGCAAGUCCAAAGGGAGAACUCACCCUAAAAUUGACGCGGACCUGAUUCGGCGGCUGCACAAGUUCUACAAACCCUUUAACAUGAUGUUCUACCAAAUGACCGGACAGAACUUUGAAUGGGAGCUGGAGGACGACAGAGAAUCCCGCAGCUCUCAGGACUAG